AUGUCUACAGACGUGAAAAUAAUCAGCGAUGGAAUGAUGAAAGUCGACGGUGGUUCGAUGUUUGGCCCUGUACCCAAGGUAGCUUGGGAAAACAGCGUUGUUACCGACAGGAAAAACCGAAUGACGCUAGGCCUGAACUGCCUGCUGCUGCAUUCAGCCGGACAAAACGUACUCAUCGACACCGGCGUUGGUUCCAAGGAUAUGCACGCGGACAAGGAAUCUCUCGGGCUGGUGCCAAGCAGGCUGUUACGGGGCCUCAAGUCUGUCGGCCUAGCACCCAAGGACAUCAACGCAGUAGUUCUAACUCAUCUUCACUUCGAUCAUUCGGGAGGUUGCACCCGGCUGGACCGGGCCGGAAACGUUGUGCCGACCUUCUCCAAGGCCAAGUAUUAUGUGCAAGAAAGUUGCUGGCACGAGGCCUGCAAUCCCAACGAACGAGCCAACAAUUCGCACCGUACUGACAACUUCCUGCCAAUUGACGAGCGUGGCCAGCUUGAACUGCUGGACGGAGAUAAAGAAAUUCUUCCUGGUCUGAACGUCAUCGUGACCGAUGGCCAUGCAAGGGGCCACCAGAUGGUCAUGUUCAACCACGGUGGCGAACGGGUCGUCUUUCUAGGCGACAUUGUUCCCACGCCGCAUCAUCUGAACCUUGUAGCCAUCUCCGCAUUCGAUAACUCGCCGGAGGUGACCCUGGAACAGAAGAGGGAACUGCUGUUCCGGGCCGAGCGGGAGGGCUGGCUGCUGGUUUUCUCCCACGGCCACGAAAUUCGCUCGGGGUACCUGGAACGCCGCGGUGGCAUGGGCUACCUGAGGGAUGGUGGGCUGUAG